GGCGAACAUUAUCUUGCAGAACCUGACAGCCGGCAAGCCAUCCGUCGCUUUCGUUGUUAGGGGCCCGAUCUGUGGGAAGGCAAACCCUAGCACGCCUUGGGGAUCUUCGUCUCCGGUGCGCAGGAGGGGGGUGAUCGGGGCCGUUCCAAAAUUACCACGAAUAGAGACGACGCACGAGAAAGCCAAAACAGUGCCACGCUCCGGCAGCGACGACGGAUCCGUUACAUCUUUUCCAAACCGACAGUUGCAGCGCCCGCCGAAUCCACGCGUCAAAACAGCCUUGUAGUGUGGUAUUUUGCCCAGCGUUUGAUCCGUCCCCCACCCCCUCGCCUAGCCUCUCGCACCCUGCGCUGCCACCUUUGACCACCGAGCGGGAAUCUGCAGCCUGUUGUCGUCGCAACUAUCUUCAAGUUCUGUCCAGUGGCCCCAGGCUGCUUCGUCUUGACCUUUCCAAGUUGCUCCUUUCACCCGUUCAUCGCAGAUGUCAAAGAAUCCCGAGUCAUGAGCGAGCCCUGCCGCCAUGAACAUGAACGGAGUACAGCGAUUUCUUAGCCGCCGCGAGAAGAGGCCGAAGUCGACUGUCGAGGCGGUGCCCAGCAAAGAUGCGAGCCGCUUACUACACACGCCGAGCGACGAAAAGCGCAAGAGCGACAAAGACGAGGAAAAAAAGGUCAAAGAGAUCAUCCAAAGAUUGCAAGCGGAGGGCAUAGGUGUACGUGAAGGUCAAGUCGAAGAUGUGCUUCGUUUGCCGUCCAUUAAUGGCAACGUUGAAAACGCCAUCACUCUGCUCAAGCUGUACGAAGAUGCUUCGCAGGGUAGGAUAUAUGAGGCAAAUCCUCAGCUGAACAUGGUUGGAGCUGUCAACCGCGAAAACGUUACAUGCUACCUAGACUCGUUACUCUUUUCCAUGUUCGCAAGAACAGACAGCUUUGAAGGCAUAUUGUCAGUCCAAUUCGCAGACGAACCACGGAAACGUUUGGUUACAUUACUUCGCUUAUGGGUCAACAUGCUACGUACAGGCAAACUCAUUACAACAGAUAUCACUCAAAAGCUCCAAGAGGCACUGAGAGACUGUGGAUGGCCCGAGGCUGCACUGCUGCGACAGCAAGAUGUCUCUGAGGCUUUUGGGUUCAUUACUGGGAAACUCGAUCUGCCAUUGCUAACCUUAAAGAUGGAUGUCUACCAUACCGGAAAAGAUGACAGGGAUGACCAUAGAAUUGUACGAGAACGGCUUCUAGAUGUUGCCAUUCCUCCACCUUCCGCAGACGGGACUGCAAUCAAGCUCGAAGAUUGUCUCGAGUCAUACUUCAACAAUAAAAUUGAGGUAAAACGGCAUCUCCAGCGCAGGAACACUCUGCAAUCUGUUCGACCGGAGAAGGGUAUGGAUGUUGAGACGGUAGAGCUUGUCGAGUCGCCCAUAGACGAGCCAAGCCUGGCAGGCCCAUCUCGACCAGCGGAGCUGCGCAGGCGAGGCCAGAGCAUCUUUGGUCAAAGGUCGUUGGCGAAUGAUCACUCUGGUGGAGAGAAACGCGCUCACGAUGACAUCGACAUACGAGGCAAACGCUCGCGAGCCAGCACGAUACGACGAGAAGUGCUGAUGCCCGCUUGGCAGUUUUUCAGUUUGAUUCCUUGGUAUACCCAUGACCACAGCGAGCCAAAAACGGACGAGCAAGUCGUCGUUCACUUACAAAAAAAAAGACCAGUGCUUGGCAUCUGUCUCAAAAGAUAUUCCAUGACAAACGCAGGUGUUGGCUCCCGGCUUGACACCUACAUUGAUAUCCCGCUUGAUAUCGCUGUGCCUCAUUUCAUUUCAGACGACUGUGGACACGGCGACGAAGGGUUCGAGCCAAACUUUACGAACUUUAAGCUUUCAUUGCUUGCAGUCAUCUGUCACCGUGGGAAGUCCCUCGAUGCUGGCCACUACAUUGCUCUUGUGCGAGCUAGAGAGGAUCACAAUGGUCAAGCUACGCAAUGGCUACGUUUCGAUGACCUCGCCCAACAGCGUAUAGCAAGCGUAGAUAUCCAAAAGGCGCUCAAGGAUGAAUGCCCUUAUCUCUUAUUCUACCAGGUGCGAUCGAUCGAUGACGAUAGCAACGAAACAGAUUUGCCGCCAACAUAUGACGAGGCUGUCACGACGGACAAGAGCAGUGGGGAUAUCAGCAGAGUAGCAACAAGGAGCGAGCUCGUGAACGAGUCUUUCGUCACUACAACAGCUGUGUCGAGCGUUCCUUCUCAGGACACCCUAGUCUCGUCCGCCAACAUAGAUACUACCACACCGGCUACGGCCACAGUUUCUUCCGAAAAUAUUACGGAAUUGAACGCAGUUGCGUCGGAUCCUGGAGCUCAUAAUCAGACAGCCGAACCUGUGACUGGAUUAAUCGAUAGUAAGCAGUCCGAUGACACCAGGCCGAAGAGUAUCGAUCUUAGUAGUCUCGCAGUCCCAUCCAUUGGUCCUCGCCCCUCCAAACAGUCGCUGAGCAAUUCAAAGCAGAGCUUGGACAUUCCACGUGGGAGAUCCAGUUUCCAGGGCACAAGAAGGAGCAGCAUAAACUUCGCGAGCAGUGAAAACGAUGUAGGGCAGAUGGGAGGGUCUUCAGUGCCGGCCACCCCGGACGACAGUCGCACGAGCUGGAUCAGCGGAGGGGGUAGCUCGAGGCGAAAUAGUAUGGUCAAAUCGUGGAUGAAGCCGCGGAGCCGUCCACCCAGCCAGAGCGGCGAUAACAGACUUGCCAUGAACUUGAGCAAGCUCCGUGCGGCGGUGAGCAAGGACAAGCUUGCUGAACAGAUUGGGUUGAAGGACGAGCAUGGGGCGAACACUUUUAAUUUUGGCUCUAAUACAGAGAAACACAAAGACAAGGACGUCACUAAAGCCGAUGGUCCAAGACGGAGCAAGUCGCUCAAGCAAAAGAAGGGCAAGAGGAGCAGCAGUCUGGGUCGAAUGUUGGAGGGAGGGGAGCGAAACGAGCAGAACAAGAAAGUACCUGACAGAGAAUGCCUUGUGAUGUAGUGUGGCUUUGACUUCAGGUCAUUCAAGGGAUAUGCCGUACGUCUCUCGCUAGAGUAAGAUGUGAAAAGCAGAUGCGUAUCACGUUCGAGGUGCAUGAAACGGUUUGGGCAAAAGGAUUCAAGAGGUAGCCUUGUACAUAUGUUCUGUUUUACGAUAGACACGAUACCCUUGAGAAUCAAAUGAGCAAUACACGCAAGAAUAGCA